AUGGCAAAGUUUUCUGCUGCUUUAGUAUUGGCCAUUGCACUACUAAUGGUCAUAAUGGCUAGCCACUCAGCAUUUGGUGCUAGGAACAUGCAACAAAUGAGUAGCACUAGUACUACCACUACCACCAAGACUAACCCUAGUAGUACAAGUGGUAGUGGUCUCACUGAUAACAAGAAUCUUGUUUUUGGUGGUGUUGGUAGUGGCAUUGGUGGCACCGCUGGCUUUAUUGGCCCAUUCGGUGGUGCUGUUGGUGGUGCUGGUGUUGCCGGUGGUGUUGGUGGUGUUGCUUUCCCCGUUGGUGGUCUUGUUGGUGGUGGUGUUGGUGGUGGUGCUGGUGCUGGUGGGAUUAUUCCUUAA